AUGGCGUUCCGACGACUACCCGUUUCGACUUGUGUAUUAGAAGUAGAGCGCAAAUUCCGCUCUCUCGCAGUCCAUGAGCUGACUCAAUAUGGCGGACUUCCUCAUUUCAAGAGUCUGCGGAAACUCCCCAACCAGAUAAUUCGCGAUUCUUAUUACGACAAGUCGAGUAUUCUCUCUUCGGCCGGAGCUUGGAUAAGGAAGAGAGACGGAGAGUGGCAAGCAAAAAUUAGAAAGGGGGGGAAUUUCACCAACUCGAGAUUCGAGGAGCUCAGCAGCAUUGACGAUAUCGCGGCAUACAUCAAACGCACUACUGGGAUUGAUGGGGGGAAAGCCAUAAACUUCGGCCUGCAGCCCACUGCUACCUUUUCCACCACACGCGAAACCUGGGUAGCGGAUGGCGAAUUCCAUGUUGUCCUCGAUACAAUGGACUUUGGUCACCAAGUUGGCGAAAUCGAGCUGCAAAAGACUUUGGAGGGCGAGAAUGGGGGUGCACCAGCCGAGCAGCAAAAGCAAGAAGAGAUGCAAAUCAUGGACGACAGGAUUGUCGCUUUCAUGAGUACCUACGCCUGGGCGUUUUCCCCUGGCGAGCCAAAGGGAAAACUGACGGCUUACUUUGAGCGACUGAGGUCUCAGGUGUAG